AUGCAAUCCUACGUGCCCACUACCCUAAUCGUCGUCAUAUCAUGGUUUUCAUUCUGGCUUGACGUCGAUGCGGUUCCUGCUAGGGUUUCUCUGGCGAUUACCACUUUGCUCACUCUUUCCACGCAAGCCAAUGCUGCUAGAAUGGCACUACCAGAGGUGUCGUAUAUGAAAGCGAUCGAUGUAUGGAUGGGAGCCUGCAUGAUGUUUGUUUUCGGAGUGAUGAUCGAGUUUACAAUUGUCAACUACGCCCAGCGCCAAGCUUCCACUCCACAUCCAACGAGAAAGCCGCCGGAAGGUCUCGUUCAAAAAGCACAUCGCGUUUUCGACAAGUUUCGUGGUCGAGGAGAGCACCGAACCAACUCUGGAGGAAACCUUUUGGAUCACGUCAUAUUCAAUGGAAACAUGUAUGACACGCUAUCCGGCAAAAACUCGGAGAAUAUUGUGUCGCCUCGAAGCAACAAGAAGGGGGCUAAGGUGGACUCUGAUGUUGAGCUCACACAGGAAAUUACGACCGAGCCAUGGAAGGAUAAACCCGAUGAGAAGGCAAAAAGACUCGCAAAUUGGAGAUAUGUUGGAAACCACUCAUUGUCCAAACAACGAGCACCAAUCACUCUGCCGCGAUCCACAAAACGGGGAAGCGAACCCGGUUCUGAAAAGAAAUCUGUCGACAAAUGGAAGCAAACCGUUGGAACAAGUACACCAAAC